AUGCCCCGCAGAGCACGUGCUAAACGGCGAAAGCUUGCGGCCUCCCCACCGUCUUUGGGUGCUAAAAUCGUGACUGAAGACAUAGCAGGUGCCAGCGUAUGUUCCUCACCGUCUGCAGAUCUGAUUAACUCACAAAUCCCUUUAGUACAUGUAGAACCUCUCGAUCCUUCAGUCGUCCAAAAAUACGCCUCUGCUAGUCGUAGCAGGCCAUCAGCCGACGAAAUACUUGAUCAGUUGAUAUAUGGCGACAUAAACAGCCCUUCUGAAAAAGUAAUUGAACAAGCUUUUAAACUUAUUGGGGUAAUAAGUUCGGAAACUGAGGAACGAAUUAAACGCAAGCAUAAUUUCGUACUGCGAAACAUUCCGAGUCACUUAUCUGCUAUGGAGGGAGCGCAUUUGUUCCUACAAAGUUGUGGCUUGAGUUUCAGUGUCGCACAAGCUAAGCGAUUUCGCUCGCUUAGCCGUCAUGCGCCGAUACUAGUUAACCUUUUCUCCAUGAUAGAAGUCGAUUUUAUCUUGUCGAGUAGGGAGAUGACUGGAGACUUCUGCCGUAAAUGGCGCUGCUCUGUUUCGCCAGACCACACACCCCUGCAGCGAAGACUGAAUAAACUAAAAUCGACAAAAACCAACACCAAGAUAAUGACAUCUACUGUCAGUCUGUCCUCUACAACACCACCUGCGGCAUCUGCAAGUCACGGCAUAGUCAAUUCCGUAGGGAAUUCGACUACUUUUAAUGCUGAGCUCUUUAAACACACCAUCACGCCUGGUAUAAACACGCCUCUAUCAACUCCCCCAGCAACCCCUAGUAAGCCUAAGCAUGUGUCUAAGUCAAAGGCAAAUCAAAUUGCUGUCUCAGCCACUCGGACACCCAAUAAAUCCAGCACCAUUAUAAAAUCUUUUCCUCCACAAUCGGCUAACAGUGCCUCAAAUACCCCGACUCAAAACGUAGCGGGUUCGCAACUGCCCCCCAGCCCUCAUAUUGAAGCAUUUAGGUCGAUUAUUCUGAUUUUUCCGCCGUUUAAUAAAACUCUUGCUCCAAAGGAAACAAUGCGUCCCCCACCCCAUAACUUGUUUCCUCCACGGCCGUCUUACCAAUUUAUUCCUCGUGAUAAUGUCCAUAAUGAAUCAGUUAACUCAUCCGAUCCUCAGUUUCGUUCCGGCGGGAAUACGUUGCAGUAUCUGCCCCGCGGAUUUCCAGCUGAAAAUAAGUUAGCUAACAAUGGUUACCAGUUUACCUGCCCGUCAUUCCCUCCCCCAAGUCCUACCCCUUUUUAUCCACGUCAGAAUUUUUUGAUGCCACAAAAUAUUUUGCAGAACCGGAUGGUUGAAUCCGAACCAUUUGCUCCGUGGGCAGCCCAGAACUGGACGAUGUAGCCCACCUCCCUCAAAAACUAACAGCCUUUCCCUUCAAACUUUUUGUUUUAAAUGCCAGAUCCUUGCUUAAUAAGAUGCCUUUGCUUCAGACUCAGGUGUUCGUCCAUUGUCCAGAUAUUGUUUUAGUAAUUGAGACGUGGGCAUCAACCUCAGUAGCUGACUCCGAACUCUCUCUUCUAGGCCAUAAUGGCAUCCAAAAUGAUCGCCAAGAUAGCCGUGGUGGGGGCAGCUGCGUCUACGUUAAGCAAACACUUUCAUUUUUGCCGUUAAAACUCCCACAUUUUUCCUCAGUAGAAGGCAGCUGCUGGCUCCAGGUUGCACUAAAAAAUCAGUUCUCCUUACUCGUUGGCUGCGUCUAUCGCCCUCCCAACGCCAACGACAAUUUUGAUCGUUUACUCUCACAGGCAUUUCAUGCUGCGGCCGACUCAAGCUUUAAGUAUCAAUUGAUUGCGGGUGACUUUAAUUUCCCUGAAGUCCGCUGGUCUCCGCCUUCAGGCCCCAGAAGGUUCGAUGACAUUCUUGAGGCUGUGGAUGUUGGGAUGUGGACUCAGGUUGUCGAUUUUCCCACCCGAGGCUCAAGUAUACUUGACCUAAUUUUCUGUAGAGGCUGCUUGCCAUCGUCAGUGUCAUCCCUAGGCCCACUGGGGGUCUCAGACCAUGACAUAGUUGUUUCAACGUUUAAUUCGAGGCUGACGAAAUGUCGUCCUAAAAGUAUAAUGAUGGGGAUGAGGUUUUCCUACCUUUGCCAUUCGUUAAGUGUCUCGUAACUUUUGUCUAGAAAAAUACGAACUCGGAGUAAGACGCAGUAUCCAAUCCUUCGAGACGAUCUCGGAAAUCCCAUAGUUGAUGCCCAGUUAACCGCGCAUAGCUUCAAUGAUUUCCUGUCCAAAACGUUUAUUGAAGACUCGACCACUCCGCUUCAGACCAUCCAGCCAUUGACCGGGGCAGUUCUAGAAACUAUAAGUUUCACUCUGUGGGAUGUGACUGUUGCGAUUCGGCGCUUUCGUCAAUCUUAUAGUCCAGGCCCUGAUGGUGUCCCAGUAAGCAUUUUAAAAGCCGAUGCAAACACGAUCUUCCCAUCCCUCUUAUGCGAGAUAUUUCAUCUUGCUCUUGAAACUGAAACCUAUCCUAUCUUGUGGAAGGAAUCACACAUUUUGUCCAUUCCUAAGCACGGCAAAUCUACAUCAUUUGAUGACUUUCGGCCAAUAAACACCCUCCCCGCAGUUUCGAAGAUCUUAGAGACAUUGAUCAAGGAUAAGAUGAUGUGUGACUUAACAGUGAAUAACUUGCUGAGUGCUGCUCAGCAUGGAUUCCUCAAAGCUUGAUCUUGUGUCACCUGUCAACUCUCUUUCUUUGACUAUGUUCUCCAAUCUAGGGACAAUGGUUUUGCACUUUACACACUGUCGGCCACCCCGACGACAAUACGUAGGCCAUUUUGCUGACUGCAAAACAGGGGUAAUGCACUCUUUCGAAGAUGUAACUAUCUACCGACUAUCAUGGACGGAUCCUGGCACGGAUACUUUUCUAGUGGAAAGCAAGCAUAUAUGGGCAGUCGACCGGACGUUGUCCGCAUGGGAAACUUUAAUGCACCCUACAUUCAUUCCAUUACCGUCCCAUAAAAACAACACUAGAAACUCUUCUCACGCAACAUGUUUUAUUUCCAGCUAGGGCGCGUGGAGGCCAAUGGGAUAGUUGUAUGGAUCUCGUCUUCACUUAAGAUCCUGACAGCGUGCACGAGGUGUACUGCCUACCUCCACUCGGUCGAAGUGAUCAAGCAGCACUUUUAUGCGGUUAGGAACUGUAUUCUGCGCCGUAUGACUAAACGAGACGAGGCCAAACUUAAGGCAAGGGGAAUUUUGCCAAAUGAGAGCUGCGGCAAAAAAAUAGACUGGAAUGUUCUUUUCUUCAGAAACGAUGACGAGAACUGGAACCUACUCAGUGAUCGGUUGCUGUAUCUAAUGUAGAAUCACUGUCCCUUAUCAAUGCCCAGGACAUCCAAUUGACCUUAUUGGCUAACGCGAGAUCUCAAAAAUGAGAGCAACAAGAAAGGAUAGCUGUGGAGGAAGUUUUGGGGAAACAACGAAAAUGCAGUCUUUACGGAAAACAAAGUUCAAGGGAAGAGGAGAUAAUGCCUGAGCUUAAAAAACGACGAGAUUUCGAGGGUAAUUUGCAAUACCGAGCCGGUAACAAGUCAAACUUGCUCUACAGCUACUUCCGAAAGAGCGCUCGUGACAGGGAUCCGAUUCCAGUCAUGAUGAAUGAUCACGGUUCGGAGAUACCGAACAGCACAAAGGGAGCUGUGCAUUCUUGCCAGUUCUUUUAGUCUGUCUUUACAAGGGAAGUAGUUUUUACUCCACCAACUUAUGAGAGCAUGUGAGAGUUGAUUAUUAAAAAAUAUUGUGUUUCCAUAUGAAACGAUUUUCGAGGAAAUAUAAGGCUUCAAUGAAUGACAGUAAAUCUACUCUUUAAAUUUGCCGAGAGUUGGCCAAACCACUAUACUUUUUGUUCCAGAAAUCUUUUAAUGCCGGAAUUCUUCCCACAAACUGGAAAACACUUCACAGUACACCGCCUUGCAAAAGCGAUGGUGUUGCAAUUUCAACGAACUACAGGCCCGUUGGUUUAACAUCAACCUGCUGCAAGGUUAAAGAAAAGACCGAAAACGAAUUAGUGACAUAUUUGAAAACACACAACUUGUUGCCCAGUGCACAAUACGGCUUUCGUGGGGGAAAAUCAUGUGUAAUGAACUUCUUAUACGCAACUCAAAGCUGGACAAGAGAACCCUGUGCAAACCACGCUGUGCAUGUGGUCUACAUCGAUUUCCGGAAGACAUUUGGCAGUGUUCCGCACCAGCGUCUCCUGUACAAGCCGAGAGUCAUGGUCAACUGAGGCAAACUUCUAAAAUGGAUCGAGAAUUUCUUUGUCGAUCAAUCCCAAAAAGUUUGGAUGAAGCAAAAACAAACAACGCACACAGUCGGCAGUUAGGAAUUCUCAAUCCGUUAUUCAUGUAGAGGUCGCGUAUAAGCAAGUAUAUAUUCUCUAUGGACAAUGGUUUUGCACUUUACACUGUAUAUUUCGAUUUCACUAAGGCUUUUGAUCGUGUUGACCAUGCUCUUCUCCUCUUGAAAUUGUCCUCUUUCGGAAUAGGUGGCAAACUUUUGAAUUUUAUAUCCUCUUACCUGGGCACUCGUACACAACGAGUUAAGAUUUCCAAUACCAUCUCCAACCCCACACGUGUGAGGAGUGGAGUCAUUCAGGGAAGUGUACUCAGCCCGCUUUUAUUUUACCUUUUCGUUAAUGAUGUACCCGAUUUAUUUCAGAAUGGUAAGCCUUUCAUGUUUGCCGAUGAUCUUAAAGUUGCAUAUCGAUAUAAGCCGGCAGAUCGUGACAUCGUGCUUGAGCUCCUAAAGAGCGAUCUACAGGCUUUCGCCCAGUGGUGCCGCACAUGUCGCCUUUCUCUCUCUUGGCAUAAGUGCUCAGUCAUGGUGGUUGGCGAUGACCACCAACCUCAACGAAAUAUUGAAGGUCACUCCAUAAAUGUGCCAGGCGUUAUAAAGGAUUUGGGCGUAUCAAACUCCAAGAGUCUCAAUCUCUCGGAGCACUGUGCCUUGAUAGUCUCCAAAGCACGUAGAACGACCGGGUUUAUCCUCCGAAACUUUAAAACUAGGGACAUCAGAAUGCGCCUUUUCAACAUGUACGUUAGACCUGGUCUGGAAUACUGUUCGUUUUUAUUUAGCCUCAUGCGUGCUACUGAGCGGAAGAAAAUAGAAUCCGUUCAACACUUUUUUACCAAGAGAAUUUUAGCCGCGGAACACCGCAUUUGUCUUACCAAGAACGUUGCCGGCUUACGGGCUUUGAUCCUUUAUGGUUCCGUAUAUUACAAAAGGGACUAUUUUUGCUAUUUAAACUCUUAUAUAAUCACACAUUUAACCCACUCACUUCUUUAAGACAUCAUAUCCACCCUCGACGUAACAGUCACCGUGAGGUCUUCUUAUUUCUGCCUCUGGCACGUACUGUUAAAUAUCGUCGGUUCUUUUCUGUAAAUGCAAUUGCUAUUUGGAAUAAACUACCCAUGAGUGUGAAAACUCUGCAAAAUUAUCCUUUAUUUAAGAGAACUAUUACUCGAUUUUUGCAUUCAGAAAAGCUCCCACAAAUUUUGGGUGCUGAAUCUACUGAUCGACUGUACCGUAGCGAUGGCGUUUGUGGUCUCUGAACAUUAUGGCCGGUCUCACCAGCUGUUCCUCAACGCCUCUACUUUGACUAUCCCCAACUUCAUGAAAGGAAUUGACGUCCGAUGAUCUCCGAUACCGUGCAACCCCCUCCGCCCCUUUUUGACGGUCGAAAAUCUACCGCCAGCAGUUUUUUUUCUCCUGAACCCUUCAAACCAUAAAAACCAUCAUGAACUAUUUUUUUAUUCUUCCGGAGUUUUUUUUCAAUGCUAGUCUGAUUUGUGUUUAAUUGCUUCCCUUGACACUGCCUGUAAACUGGCAUUUAAUAAAUUAAAUUAGACAGUGUUUGGAUUAAUUGGACCCGAUGAAGUUAAAUAGAUGAUGCCAAAGUCCGAGGGCCCCCAGUUUUGAUAAAAGAUGCAUAUGGGCAUAGUGUUGGUAGCUUUAUGUUAAUUAGUGUAGAUAACUACUACGGGCUGCUUUCAUCAAGAAGAGAAUUGGUAUAUUUGAAAAUUCUAAGUUGGAAAUUUCGCAAGAAAUUUCAGGGAAAAGUAUAUGCUUUUUAGGACUCAGAAGAUGAUUCGCCAGGCAGUAAUCAAGAAUGCUUCCGUCAUUUUUAAGAUAUUUUGUAAGAACCACAGUUUUACGUACUUUCCGGUAGUCAUUAACGGUGGAUAAAGACCGUGGCUUGAAAUCUAGAUGGACUAUUGAGAUCUUCCAAUUUUCUUAGAAGAAUUUGCUCGAAGUAUAGCUUGCUAAAUGAUAACUUGGCAAAUAAUGGUAGUCCGACACCUUCUCGGUGACCGAGUUUGGAAUAUCGUCUUUUGUCGAGGAAAAAAGCUUUUUAUAAGACUUACGUAUUCGUGAGUUAGGUCUGUGGAGAUAUCGAUUGUAUGCAGAAUUCUAUCGGAACGGGGUGGAGCGAAAGUUUUCCUUUGCAAGUGCGCAUACGAAUCGUAGUCUAGACAAAUAUCCGAGAAGUAUUGUUAUGUGCUUUUCCCGCUCGGGCUGAGCUCGACAGUCAGGCAAGCUAAACUCUUUUUUUUUCAGCGGUCGCUUUUACUUCUUCCAGACUACCUCCCGGAUAUAGAAUAUCUCUUGUAUCGGCAAUAGAGGCUUUCCAGUAAUCGGGUAAAAACCACUAUCGAUAAAAUCGAGAAGAAUUUAUUCAUUAUUAAACCAUCACAGAGGGAAUAUCUGGGCAACAAACCAAGAAAUAUUCACAUCAUUAAGAGUCAAAAUUCCUCUUUAUAAUAGACGGAGCAAUAAGUUUCACUUUUCGUAUGUAAAAAACCGUAUUAAUGAGAAUCUUAGUGAUUUCAAUAACAAAUAUUCGGCAACACAGUUCACAUUCGAGCCAUAUAUUUAUUAGCGUGACUGAUUAAUUUGCAUUGUAGACUUCGCCAAAAUUGCUUAAAUGCCUUCGCGAGCUGUUUUUUGUAAUAUUUACCUAGAUCCUCUACAGUACGAAGGUUGUAACAGAGAUCUUGCGGAGCAAGGUGAAAAGGGAGCACAAUUUGUUUCGGACAACUUAUGAACCAUGCACGAUGGCGUCGGUUCUUAGGCAAAACAGAAAACAUAUUGUGCUAUCCCAUGGCCCCAUCCUGAGGGACGAACAAAACCGGAACGAGCACGGUCAGGGCCCAGACAGAAUGGAGGCUCGUCAGUUCUUUUUAGCAGGUUUUUUCCUUACCGAUAGCGUGGAUACGUCCUUUGCAUGUAUCGUCCUAUAGGAUCCGUCGCAAAAGUGAACUGUUUUCCGUUAUUUGUUUUUAGGCGAUAGGGCUAGGCUAGUGUACGCAUUGAAAUCUCGGCCGUUGGCCCCGCGGUAUGGGCAAGGCUACGCGUGGUUGAGGGCAUGGAUCUCAUUAGGUGGCUUAUGUGGAGUACUUUCGACUGCUAUCUGUUGCCUGUUCGCGUUACUCGCACAGAGUCUGUUGAACCUAGCUGCUCUUUAGCCUGUCUAGAUUCGGUCGCCUGAGUCGGCUUACUUCGUGCGGUCCGUACGUGGAAACGAUGUAAAUAAUUGCAGAAUUGUACGGAAACACGGUUCUAUAAUUGGCAUGAUUAUCAAGGUUUAAAUGUUACACUUACAACCAAAUGUCUCCAGGCGUACAGUCAGAAAGAUGGCGUAUAGUCAGACGGGCAGCGUCAAGUUGCGCGGGAUGAAAAACGGGAGAUUCAAACAAAUAGUACGAAGGUUGGGGGAAAACAGAAGGCCAUAAUUUUCCGAGGCAAACAAAAAAUGCGAAGAAUGUGGUAAAAUGUGCCAAUAAAAAUGGGAAAACAUACGUGGGAACGUACACUCCCACCCAAAAUUUGCGGCUGUCGUUGGCGCGGAUAUCAUUCAUCGCUUGGUUCGUGGUUCUCUAACAGGCACAAACUGCGCACGUCUCUCACUAAUUUCCCAUGUUGCGUCCUCAGUUCAACAUCUCUCACCCUUCCGUCCUUUGAUUCGAGCAGCUUUUCCACUAUGGCCUUCUUCCAGUGUCCUCGUGGCUCUCCUUUGUCGACCACAAGGACCAGAUCUCCAAUACGGAGCUGCGGGGCCUCACCGAUCCACUUUUGUCUAGCUUGCAACGAUGGUAAGUAGGCAGUGAUCCACCUUUUCCAGAAUAUAUCAGCAAGAUGUUGGGCUUGCCGCCACCGUCUGUUAAGUCUAGAGGGACUGCAUUCCUCAACAGAUGAUGAAAGGUUCCGAGUACUCAGCAAAAAGUGUUGGGGAGUGAGUACAGCGUACUCGUUCGGGUCCGUACUGUUCUUAACCAGCGGCCGGUCAUUCAUUAUCUUCUCUGUCUCGGUUAUGGUUGUUACGAAGACCUCAUCUGUGACCACUUGCGAACCCAAAAUUGAACGUAAAAUCCGUCUGACGGACCGUAUCAGGCGCUCCCAUACUCCUCCCCGAUGACUUGCUGUCGGCAGCGUGAAGAUCCAAUCGCAUCCCUUCUCCGCAAGAGAGCUAGCUAUUCGAUCCUGGUUCCAUUUCGUCAGCAAUUCCUUCAGUUCGUUCUCAGCCCCUUUGAAAUUGGGUCCGUUAUCACUGUAAAUUUUUCGUGGACAGCCUCUCCGGGCAACGAAUCUGCCGAAAGCACACAGAAACGAAUCAGUCCCCAUGUUUGUGAUCACCUCGAUGUGAACUGCGCGAAUGCUGAGGCAUGUGAACAGACAGCAAUACCUCUUUUCCGAUCGUCGGGCUAUUUUUACCUGAAAUGGUCCGAAGUAAUCGACCCCGGUGAACGUAAAAGGUGGGUUAUACGGCUCCAGUCGAUCAAGCGGCAAAGGAGCCAUCAACUGUCGACAGGGUUGCGAGUGCCAGCGCCGACACACAAAACAAGACCCAACUACUUUUUUAAUGAGUGCUUGGCCUUGAAUUAUCCAGUAUUUUUCUCGAAGGAUGGCACUGGUGUGUGAUAUCCCUACAUGACCAUUUAGAUGAUGAACAUGUUGCACGAUUAACCGACAUACGAAAUGAUUUUUCGGGAGGAUAACCGGGUGUUUCGUUUCGUACGGAAUCGGUGCGUAUUGAAGUCGCCCUCCCACUCUAAUCAGACCGUUGGAGAUGAAUGGUGAAAGGUGCUUCAGUGGACUGUUGAUCGCUUUCAAUUUCUUGAAAUCAGUGUUUCGCAGAUCGCUGUGUACGCAUUUAAGCUCGUUUUCGAAGAAUUGUCUCUGAACCAACCUCAAGGUAUCGCAUUCGGCACCUUCUAAGUCUGCCACGGUAAGUUGCUUGGAGACGACUUCUGGUUGAUGUGAGACCUUAUUUUUCAAGAAGACUUGAAAUCGUCGCAGCCAAGCAACAAGUCGUAGCAGCUUUCUCCAGCUACCGCAGCCCGAAAGCUUCGUUAGCCAGUGAUCUUCAAAAAGAACAGCAUUUACGGUGGCAUCGCAUAUCGUUGUAACAACAACGGGUCGUUGAUCUGGUUCCUUGGGCCAUUCGUCUGAUUUCUUGCUUAGAAAGACGGGACCCGUGAGCCACAUACUAUUUUCCAGCCUGUCACCAGCUACGCCUCUCGAAGCUACGUAAGCUGGGUUGGUCUCGUAAUUUACGUACCGCCAUUGUGAAGGAUCUGAUAUGCCUAAUAUGGUAGCGAUACGGUUAGCCACAAACGUUUCAAGACGCGAAGUGGUGUUCCUUAUCAGUUGUAAGACGACCAUCGAGUCCGUCCACAUAGUCUUUGAAGAAAUUGGUAAUGUUAGUUCCAACUCUGCCUGUUUCACUAGUUUAACGACCAGAACCGCAGCGGUAAGUUCUAACCGUGGUAUGGUUUGGACCUUGAGAGGCGCGACUCGAGAUUUGCCCCACACAAACGUCGUAAAUGUAGUGCCAUCUUUGAUCACUGCGUGAAGGUAGACUACGGCCCCGUACCCGCGGUUUGACGCGUCCGAGAAACCGUGUAGUUGAUACUGCUCGACAAUAUCCAAACCGACCGGGGUCAAACAGCGUUGGAUUCGAACACUGCUAAGACCCUGAAACUGUUUCGUCCAGUUAAACCACUGUCGCGCGUGCUCAGCGUCGAUCCUGUCGUCCCAUCCGAGAUUGGAGCGGCACAACUGCUGCAGCAGCNGUGGACGCCGUCACUUGCAACAAUCAAACCCUCACAGUGUCUAGGUUUCUGGGCAGGUACUACGUGUAAAAAACGGGAGGGGCUAGAGUGUCCAAAACCGGGUCGAGAAGACCUGAGACUUGAACACUGGUCGGUUAACUUAUUAUCAUUUAAGUUGCCUUUCGAGCCUGCCUUCUUUCGAAUGCUUGUCGAGGUUCUGGGUCACGCGGGGGCUUUGUCCACUGGCCCAUCCUUGUUUCAGGGUGGUGGGCGUUUCUCUUUUACUCUGCAUCGCCGAGCCUUGAACGCAUGCAGGUUUUCGCAAAGCGACGAGUAGUCAAUAGCGAAGAACCGCUGCAGGCAAAGGAAAGGCAGGACAGUUUUGGCGGUUGAAGGUCUAGUAGAUGGCGAGGAACAGUUGCCGUGGCGCGAUGUCGCUUCUGUUUGUGUGUGACACUUUUCGACUGUUGAUUUGCCAAAUGGGUGACCAGCCACAUCAGCCAACAGUGAAUUUUCAGGACUCACGACUCCUCCUUGGGUGCCUACCUAUUCCGUUCAUGUUUUCGCCUCGGACCGCUCCUCUCUUUGCUGCCUUUUGAAGAUAAAGAGUGGAGGGGACGGAGGUCGUGGUAUUUGUGAUGGUGGUGUCGUAGUGGGCCGGUCGCGAUGGUACUGAUCCGGACCCCGUUUUCACAUAUGCGCAUGUGACCGAAUAGGCCUAUGUAGUAUCAGAAUGUCCUUAGACAGUGUAAAUGGGCAAGUCUUGCUUGACCGGUGUGUGUCGUGACUCCAGAUAGUGGUUUUCCAUGCGCACUGCAACGGAUUCGAAGGUGGAUGAUCAGGUGUGAAUGUGAUUCAAAUGUGUGGUCGCCACGGCAACUAGUAGAAACAGUUUGCACGGCUGGUGGGAUGAUGUUGGCGAGUGAUUUUUGUCUUAGCGAUGAUGCCUGUAGUUGUGUUUUUUGAUGUGGAAGGAUGAGUUGGUCGUAGUGACUUUGUACUUGACCUGUAGAUGUCCAACAAAACCAACCCGUGCCCUUAAUAGCAUAGACUCGAUAGUUUGGGUGCUUGUGCCGUUGGUCCGCGGCACUUCGGGCUUGUGGUCCUCUGACCCACUGACUUCAAUUUCAGUAUCCCCUAGAGGCAGUUGAAGUGAAAGCAAGGUUGCUUUCUUAGCUGGUUUCCUUGUCUACACCCCGUACAAAAACGUGGUUAGAAUAUUUCGACCACCAAAAGCGGCGAGAGUCCUCACUGUCUUAAAGCGGACACAGUAAUGACGUACACGCGAAUUUGUUUAUGGUGAAUCAUGCUUACGCAAUACCCUCUUCCAUACUCAUAAUCAAAAAGACCUAAGGUGGACGCGAGCGCAGUGGCUGACGGUGGUGGAUCCACGUUUGCCCACACCGCGCACCUGCUGCAUGACGCACCCAACAGCCGUACUAUAUCGUUUUCCUGAUUGAGUCUUUCCUGAUGGUCUAAUGAAUAUUUAGGUGCUCCGCGCAUGAAAUAUUAGUUUCCUGCAUUCUGAUGCUGACCGAACGGAUUAGCGGCAAACAAAACGGUCAGAUGUGGUUAUGUAACUCCACCUGAAGUAAACGGACCCCAGCCACCUGUAAUAUUGGACCGGUGGCAAUAGGGGUCUUUACAGGUGGGGCCGGAGAACGCACAGGCGACGAGGUCAAGUAGUUGUAUGCAACAGAAAAGCUAUUGGGGAUGUGUGGUUGUACUUUGAGUAGUUGAGGGAUAGUUGCCCUAACCCCAACAGUAUUGUGUUCAUCAGGUGGGGCUAAAUAACCGCAUCUUACCAGCAAAACUUGAGACUAUGGUGCGAGUCUCGAGUCCUUGUCGAAGAUAAUAUGAGGGCUCGCUCACCGGAACCGUCAGUACAUUUGCCCAGGGCUCCAUCAUUAGAAUGAGUGAUAGGUGAGGGGAGUUUGUGGUGUCGGCCGUUUACAUUCUUGACCUGGAACUAGUCUACGCCAUCUAGCGCGUUUGGCGGGAUGCAGAUGGGCAUGCCGUUUUAUGGGAUUGCUGUCGGGCGGUUCCCGUCCUUGGCAUCAUUGUUGUUCAGUAAAGUAUUCUUGACAUGUCCCCGUCCUCUGAAUUGGAGACUAUCAACCCGUCUAGCAAAUGCACCGACUCCAGACAACUCUUAAAGCUCGCCCUAGUGCUCGAUGAAUCACUCACGACACCGUCAGUUUUCAGUAGAGACCGAGGUAACUACGGCGGAGACUUAUUCUGAUGCGAUCUCCUAGGACUCACCACGCGGUCAAUAGCACAGUCUACUCUAUUUCCGAUCCUCUGUAGUUUUUGUCCUGCUCGUUCUCCGUCUAUUCGUCUGUGUUGUUCAGUCCCGGUUAUCUACCGUACCUGAUGGCUCAUACUUGAUCUCAGACGCGGGAGGGUAGAUAGGACUUCUGUUUGACUGUACGCAUGCCUACGGACACCUGGUUGUAUUGCUGUCUGACACGUACUACGUAAAAGACGAAAAUCAUUUCCUCCACUCCGUACCCCAGACGGAAUAAAUUGUACGGUUUAAAUCAUUGUCAGUGUUUUUUUUGCACUAUGUGCUUUCAUUCACUGGACGGAUAGCAUGUGCUCACAAUGUUUCUUCCUGUCCAUCACCUCAUUAUUCUGACUGCGGCUGUGCUAUCUUCCUUUCUCCCCUUAUAGCGAUGUGCUUAACCACGUUGCGAGCAAGGGCCUUCAGAGGGUGCCACCGGAGGAGCCGGCAGCCGCCCCUGUAGCUGCCCAGCCGCAACCCGCCGUUCAGACUGGUGCCGGAUUCGUGGACGUUCCAGUCAGCAGUAUGCGUGCUACCAUUGCAAAACGCCUCUCCGAAUCCAAGGCCACCAUACCACACACCUACACGCGUGCCAGAGUGCGUGUUGAUAGGCUUUUUGCUCUCCAGAAGGCUGUUAACAAGGUCGUCGCUCCGAAUAAGAUCUCUGUGAACGACCUCAUCGUGAAGGCCUGUGCCUUUGCACUCCGAGUACGUUUACGUCUUAUUACAAAGCAAACAUCUCUGAAUCCAGCUUUUUUAAUGUGUCGGACUAGUCUCGCCCCUUUCCCCUCCCCUCCUGGCGAGGUGAGUUGCCAGAUACGCCGGUUUCUUGAAGCAGGACGAAAUGAUCCAUUUGCAGACGAAAACGCUUGGUCCAACUGCCCGCAAAGCUGAACAACAGUCAGAGACGUUGUCUAGAGGACUCAAUUUUCAGGUUGCUUUGGUGUCCGGAAGACGGAUUAAACUUAGUAGAUUGGUAGGUGAUCACCGGCUUGGCAGAUCGAUGCUAAGUUACGGAGGACCUUUUGUCAAGCACCUUCAUUAAAGUUCUGGAAGUGUGUGCAUCAAAACGUGUAUAGUGCAUCUUAAAAGGCUUUACUGGAAUAAUUAAAUGGGGUUCCAGAUGGUAAGCAUUACUUUGGUGGAUUUGCAGUACUUGUAAGCAUAGAACAUUCUAUGGAGGUAACUUCCUAAGUGGUGACAUGUAAGCCUCGAAUUGAUAAUCAUUUCAAUCGCUCUCAGCGGAGGUCAAUGCGUCAUUAUUGUGCAUUUAUGUAAUUGACCUUCAAUGCUUGCCUAAACUCCGUUGCCCUUCCGCACGGGAUGGACAGAAUUUUCAUUUCACAUGCUCAUUUUGCUGUAUAUUGCGUCCUGAAGGUUAGUAUUUGGAGAAGAUAAAUAUCUAGGUUUUGAUGUAAUUUCCGCAGAUUUAUUAAUGCUCUAUAGAAGGUAUGUGGCGUGAUACCCAUUUAAUUCAUCAUAUGCUGGGGGUCAGCGGAUCUCUUCGCCGAUGGAAAAUAGGAAACAGGCCAAUCGAGCGCCGGAUCCACUUAUUCGCUUUUCUGAGCUUUCGAAGCCGAGUGGGAGCUCGUUGUCAGCACACGGCAAUACAGUCAUCGGCAGCUAUAGGACAGUUUAACCAAUCGACAGGGUCCCCAUGCAGGCGUGGUGUCGAUGUGCCCACGCAAGUUUCAUCCACCUCACAGCUUGUUUCUCCCUCAGCUUGGGCAGUUAUCGUGGCUUUCAAAUUGAAUUUGUGACCCCGCUUGAAGGGUAGCAUCAGCAACUCAGGAGUAGUUGAUCAUCCCGUCACACAGCUCAGACGAGUAAACACGCGGCUCCAAUGCUCGACCCUACGCGCGCGAUUAAUUUGAAGCAAAAGUGCUCACUUCAUGUUCGUACUUUGUUUUUUUCUAUCGCCUUUCUUUAACAGUUCUGAGUUCACUAAAUGCCGUCAACUUAUUUUACUUCCGUUUACACUACUUUCCUUAUGCUGCCUUGCUGUCAUCAGAAGUUGCCAUUGAAAGUGUGUUCUUCUUCAAGAGUACGACUCCUCGGUUACUGUCUUUAGGUCUCUGGACCAGAGACCCAAAAGCAAACGGGAUUUCCCGAAUUUCGUCUUAAAAUCUGAUGGGCUCAUUAAACAUCACUCUCAUAGCAUUUUGACAAUACUUGCUGGCUGAAACUCCACACUCCCACUUUAUCAAACCUGUAGUUUAUGCAUAACUAGCCAACAACGACCAACAAGCCAGAAAUUACAAGUUUAUUCCCCGUCUUUGCUGACGUGUCAUAUCCGCUUGUUUAACCUGCAGGCCGCCUCCAAGCAGCGAGUUCAGGGCGCUUGCCUGGCGUUGUGCCAUAAAAGACAUCAGUGCGGCCACAUCGAUGCAUGCCUACCGGGGCUUUUGGGGACGGCGGCAUAACCAGCUCCUAAAGCUGCCGUCCGCCGCUCUCGCUUAGUCAACCACGUACCUGCUUUCGGCGGCAGGCAUUCCGCGCCUCUCUGCGCGCCCCAUCAUUCGCGUGGCGUGGAGCCAAAUUUCGGCCACGCUGCUUUGUUCUGCAGUGGGCGAAUGUGCACGCAACCGCGGCCAUUGAGAGGGAGAGAGAGGGGUGACUACGCGGCAGGGCUGCAUGGUCGCCUGCCUUGCCCGGCUCCUGCCACCGCGAAGUAAUACAGAAUAAAGGACAACUUUUUGUCGCAACGUGGCCUCCCCACCCACCUUAUAAUUUAUUAAGGCACGCUUUAAAUGGUCACCUUCAGAAGAAGCGGAUGUGAUCGUUGGGACAAGAACUGUAUUGGCCUGACGUUUCACAUUCAAACUUGAAGCCAUCGUCAGAGACAGCGGCAGAAAAGGGUACUGGAGGUACAAGGAGCGCAGUAUUUAUAGGAGACAAUGGCCCGGUAACCGUAUGCCUACAUUAAUUAGUAGCACUUGCGUUCAUCGCUGGGUGCGAUGACUGCAUGUCAGUCCGUACCCGAGUCGUUAAUGGCCGUGAUUUUAUCACCGUUGUUGAUUAUUGGCGUGACAAUUACUCGACCCUUUAGCUCACUGCCGCCGGAACUGUUGGUCGUCCGCGCCCUCACGUGGCUAAUUACUUUGCUCAGGCAAAAUCGCAGCGGGGCGGAAAGUCAUUGCGCCUGCUAAGUGAAUGCGGGUCACUGGACGAUGACUGAAGCAGCUCGAAACUUGCGGGAAUUUCGGCCGGGUCCAGUUGAAUGCGCCGCGAUGUCGGAGCUAGCGUCACUUCCCACUGCUACCGCUUGUUCGGUCAUUCGCGUUUGGAGUAAUCUUGCAGUUUCUCUGACGUAGUUGCUUUGUCCGCAAUUGCACCAGAUCCGGUAAACGACCCAGGAUGUUUCCUGUCGUGGUAGUGGGUCUUGCGGUCUCAUGACCUGACACCUGAUGGUUGCCUCCGGUCUGUGUGCAACUCCCAUUGCGAGUGGUGUGAGAAGGCUGUCAACGCUCUCCUAGACGUUCUUCACGUACGAGUGAGCUCGUCAAAAUUUGGUCAAAUUGUCAUCCGAGUGUGUGAUUCGUCCAUGAAAUAGAAGAAUUUGGGGGCAUAGAGAGAUAGUUACGUGCUUAUGGGCUUUUGGACUUUUGUGACGCAACUGGAGGGGGUAGGCGGGUUGUGACCACUACACGCGUUUUGAUCGAUGCAUGACGUUGGCGUCGGGCCGGCAUGUGUUUGAUCAUCGUAAAGGCAGUGUGUGAAAGUGGAUAAAGGAUGCGUGUACAUAUCGAUAACGCAUGCAGACGUCGACAAGUGGGCUGCGGUAAGCGUAAGAUUUUAACCGGGUCCUUCUAUUCAUGACUCGAGUCACUGCGACCAAAUGGUCGUGAUUACUCUCACAAGGAUUUUGUCGCCUCGAUGGCUUUGAGUGGCAAUCCGUCAUUUGGAGUGACCCGAUUUGAUGUCUUGCUUUAGUUAUUAACAUUCCCUGGAAGUCCGGGUGGUAUUCCUUUCUGGUAAUAAGCUCAAUCUCACCUCCCCCUGCCUCAGCUGGUCCCCGACAUGAACGGAGUCAGCAAUCCCUCCGGUGAUAGCCUCCAACGGUUAGUCAAUGUGGACAUUUGCGUCGCUGUAUCCACACCCUCCGGCCUCAUCACGCCCAUUGUGCCCUCGGCGGAUACUCGUCCUGUCUCGGGCAUCUCCUCUCUGGUCAAGGAGUUGGCUGCCAAGGCCCGUGACAACAAACUUCAGCCCCAAGAAUUCGUUGGUGGCAGUUUCACGUAAGCAUCGACCAACGUCUGUUCACACUUUAUACUUGCCUCCCGCUCCCGGGUCUACGUUGGUGGAGUUCGUACUGGUUUCCGGCAACAAACGGCAGUCCGAACCUGUUAGGCAGCCUUUUUCAACAUCUGACUGAGGGUGACCUCACGUUCCUCACUAGUUAGGUCAGUUUGAGCGUGAUUUUGAUCACCACCCGCCAUAACUGCGUUCUCCAGUCAUGAGUCAGACAAACAGAAUGUAGAAAACAGUGUUUCGUUGUGGUAGCGAACGCUAGCAUGAAUCGGGGCCCAGAAGCGGCAGCAUCAGCGCCUGCCAAGUGUUGUAGAUCUGCGUAGCUUAGAGCGCACGGACCAUAGCUGUCCGGCCGUUGAAGUGCGCGGUUUCGCUGUGGUCUACCGGGCAAUGACUGUGCGUGGGGCAGAUUGGUGAGUGAAUAGUCUCACGCAUUCGCAGUCUGAACUCUCCAUUAAACCCGUCGACACAUCAUUUAAGGUCCCAAGACUAUUCCAGGCGGCGGGUGUAAAUCUAUAUGGUGACAGGCAAGAUUCACCGUGUCAUAACCCUGCCAUGGUUUGCUUUACUUGCAACCUGCUACCUCUGACCGCAUAUUAUUCCCGGCAGCUUCCUCGUUGGGCGCGGGAUAUUACUUUUCUCGCGACUAGCCCACACUGGAGGUCCUGCAGUUUGGUCAGUAGGUAGACAUCCUCUCCCUCCUGAGCCGAAGUUCUGUGAUCGGAGCCUCCUGCAUGUUUCUCUUCACAAGUAUACCUGUCUUUGUAAGACACCCUAAAUGUAGAUUUAUCGACAUGUUAGGUAAUCUCCGCCUGUUAGAAUCUGUUUUGCAUUAUAACCAAUCUAAGGCUGGACAAGGAUUAUAUGUAAGCCCAUUGAGGAAGUAGACCCCAGCGACAAUUGUAAUAUGGGAAAGAUUUUACUAUUAGUUUUAUCAGGGGGACCUCCCUUUCCAACCCAUUGAUUGCUCCUGUCCACCCCUGAUGGGGCAGAGACGUUAUUUUUAUCGGUGCGCUUGACUUACCCUUUUCAAACAAAUAGUAAAUAACGUAGGGUUAGAGAGAGAGGGAGAGGGAUGCAGUGGCAAUUCCCUUCUGCCUCGUUUUCUAGUUUAUUCACCCCCUACUAACGCAGGCAAGGAUAACUGUCUGUUUGAGGGUUUUAAAUGCUUAGGCUUGCAGGCCUCCUAAUUUAGGCAUUUCGGGACGUCUUCCUGGCUGCGCGCGUAGUCCAUAUCCACGGGUCCAGGAACUCGAGUCAUUCACCUUAUUAUCUCCCAUAAAAGGCUACCUGGGAUACGUGUCUUCUAGUCGGUUGGUGUUCUCUUCCGUUUCGAAGCAAAUUCUAGACUUUCGACUAAUGCUUUGUGAGUUGCAGUUUUACGUCUUGCAGCAUCACCACUGAACUAACUGCAAACCUUUCUUUGACCUUGUGACCAAAGUUGUAGUUGGUCCUCUGCAAUGCCGAAGAGAGAGCAAGACCUUUGUUUUCACUUUAAUGAAGGAAGAGAAUGCGACAGCAACUGUUUCGAGUUCAUCGCAUGCAUCGUACGCGGCAAGGGUCGAUUACGCUGUCCUGGUUGCAAGUGUAAGCGCAAUGUGGGCAUUAAAAGAAAAGUAAGUCGAAGCAGGAUGUUGAAAUCGUUUGUGGGAAAAGUAGCCGAGGCUGUAACAUAGAAGGUAACCGGACGUAUGACAAAUCUGCCGCGAGAUUGAAGGAAGCCUAGAAUCCCCGCAAAAGACCUUGGCUGGCGGGACAUGCGGUGCAGCAAUAUCCCGAACCUGAGGGUAGCCUAAAAACUGAACCUAAUUCUAAUCCUGACAUUAGUCCUAGACCCGACCUCAACUGUAAUCCUACCCUAAUACUAAACCGCAACCUUAACACUAAACGUACACCUUAACUGCAAUUCAAACCCUAACUCCAACCGGAACCCUUAAAUUUAACACAAAACCUAACCCUAAACUCAAUUCUCAACGUGACACUAACCCAAACCCAAGAACUACUCCAACCUCUAAACCGUUUUAACUUUGAUUACUUUCCCAUUGGCGAUUUCAGCAUCCUCCUUCAGCUUUACUUGUAAUGCCCAAAUUGCGCUUACACUUGGGACCAGGACAGCGUAAUCGACCCCUCCCAUUACACUUCUGUGGAACUCUUGUUCUAUUGCGUUGUCAACCGACUACAGCUGCUGUAAUUAUCAGUCCAUCUUGAUUAUUGCAGUACUUGCCCCCCCCCCCCCUUAUCAAACUCCAUCCCUCCAUCAUCUUUCUAUCGACAGGAUCUCCAAUCUGGGCAUGUUUGGCAUUCGCGACUUCACCGCCAUCAUAAACCCUCCCCAGGUGGCAAUUUUGGCCGUGGGUGGAGGCGUAAAGUCUAUUACUCCGUCGAAGGUGUCCGAGCAGGGGUUCGAGAGCAUGACUGAACUGGCUCUCACCCUCUCUACAGACGCGCGCUUCGUAGACGAAGCUAUGGCGGCCCAAUUUCUUCGACAUGUAAGACGCUACCUAGAGGUCGAUCCGGAGGCCCUCUUCGCCGAUGAUCCAGACCUCGCCACGAUCGUAGACUCUUCCAGCGAGGAACUCGCCAUGAUGGCCCUGUGA